GUCAAAUGUUGCAACGUUUCGAUCCCCUGGAUUUUCUCUAUUUCUUCGUUUUUUCCAGGUUUCAUCCCGUUCAUUGCUGCCAUUGAUUCUCAAUCUCAUCCUCCAUUUCACCGCGCUGCUCAAUUCGCAAUAAGCAACGUGUGUCUUAUUGCAUCAUUGAGCAGAGUGUUUUGCAUUGAAGAAAUCAUCGGCAAUAUGGUGAUUUUUGUGUGUAUUUCAUCGGACUAGAUGUUUGCUUUCUUAAUUGGAUUCAGUUAGGAAUUUCUGAAGUCGGUGAUAGGGGAUGGAGACAGUCGACUGUUCGAAGCAUUUAAGCGUGGAGUAUGAGUUCGGGUGUAGAUUCGUCCUGUUCGGUAGUUUCCAGGGGAUUUACAAAUUGUUAGCAAUGCUGUUGUUGUUUGGAUUCGGUUUGAAGGUUUUGUACUCUGAUUGGUUUGCCGCUGCCUUGAUUCGUUGUUUUCGCGAUCUGAUUGGGAAUCUAAAAAUGAGGUAUCAUUCAAAAGAAGCACUGGUUGAUCAAACAGAGGAAUUGAAGGAAAAAUCAAACUCCUACACUGAUUCUGAUGAAAUAGUGAAUUCAGAUUCAGAUUCCGAUGAAGAUGAUUCAGAGUUAUUUGAUCUCGACAGCGAUGGUGAUUUCGUUACAAAACCACUCCCUGGAUUCGACAUCCAUUACAAUGCUUCUCCUUCUGAAAACAACGAUGAUCUAAGUGAUGAGAAGGAAGUUUCAACUCUGAGGGAGAUGUUGAAACUCGAACGGCAGAGAGCAAACGCAGCGCGCGCCGAGCUGGUGAAGGAGAGGGCGGCGGCGGCCACAGCGGCGGAGGAAGCAAUGGCGAUGAUUCUCCGACUACAGCAGGAUAAGAGCGCGGCGGAAAUGGAGUUAAUUCAGUACAAAAGGCUGGCAGAGGAGAAGCAGAUUCAUGAUCAGGAGGUGAUCCAAUCACUGCAAUGGCUGGUGUGGCGGCAAGAACACGAGAACUUCUUGUUGGAAGAUGAGCUGAGGCUUUGUAGGCACAGUUCCAACUCCAAGCGUUUCUUGAAGGAAUCUGACGAAGAUGAUGAGAAGAGUUUCAGUGGGAAUCUGUGGGAGACAUUGGAGAAUGUUUACUACAGCUCCCUUGAUGCUGAGAAAGUGAUGACUCCUUGAAGAAGAAACAGUUCUUUUCGUUGUACAGGUCAGGAAUGUUAUUCUUUCCUCUGUUUCAUUGUUUUGUUGUUUGAUUUUUGCCAGAAA